AUGGCUGCCCUAUCUUGGCUGGCGAAACAAAUGCAAUCUCUACGGCCCCCCGAGGAUCGAUACCUGGUUGGCUUGUGGGAGAAGACUUUACUUUCUGAUCUUCUCUGGACGCAGGGAUGGAGCUACACGGCUCCAAACUCUCGAAUCUCCCGCUAUCCGUCCUGGUCCUGGGCCUCAUCACCAUACCAAGUCGAAUGGUCAAGGGAUCUCAACAUACCACUGAAGUGUACGCAAGUCGAGGCAACUAAAGUUACCACCCGAGGUCCGAGUCACAUGGCCGACUGCAUAGAGGCGACAAUCACAUUGAAGGCUCCCCUUCUAGACGCAACCCCUUUGCUUACCGCUACUCAAGCUCAUAUUGCCGCAUCCCGGGUUUCAGGCGAUUACGAAUCUUCUUCGCCAUUUGGUCACUUGUAUCCUGAUCCGUACGACGCCUUUAUCACAAAUCUGGAUCACUUAUAUGUCCAUUAUUACAGUUCGGACAGCGGUUCUUAUAUCACGGAUAUCACUCCCGCAGAAACUUCUGGCUGCUUCAUUCUUCUAGCCACGAGCAACCGUUCCUUGCUCGACCUUAAUGCUAUCCAUGUUCAGAAAGAACAAAGCAGCGAUUGUUACAGACGAGUCGGUUUGGCUAGCUUAAGGCAUCCAGCAGCAAGGAACAAAUAUCUAAAGAAUGCUUCCACCGUAAGAUGGCUGAUAGAAGAUCUACCGACACAAAGCAUCACCUUAAUCUAG